UACAGUACAAAGGUCGCAUACAUCCCAGCGCGUCACACGCUACAGUGUCGACAUGACGGACCAACAAGCAGCCCGAUUUUCUCACGAAUCCGCCGUCAUCGGCUCACGCACAUGGAUGUGGGGUGGUGCGAACCACACCCACUGCUUCUCUCGAUCCCACGUCGAAGUCUACGACCCAAUCGAGAAGACAUGGACGCAACACGAAGCUCAAGCCACCACCGACGACAACAUGCCGCCACCGAGCAUGGGCAGUCGUUGUACGCCUGUAGGCAACACGAUCUAUUCAUUUGGUGGACAGAGUCCUGCGGUUGGGUACCUUAGUGAUCUCUAUGCGUUGGAUACUGACGCAGUGAUGUGGAGGAGAGUGACCGCGGUGGGUGAGAGGCCGCCGGCACUGAGGCAUUGUGGUCUGUGUUCGACGGACGGGAAGUUGUUUGUGUUUGGUGGGUAUGGGCCGCGUGUGGGUGAGGAGAGUCUGAAGGAUGGAGCUCAAUGGGUGGAGAUGGGAGACGGAAAGGGAGUUAAUAAUGGGUUCUAUGAGUUUGAUAUACAAUUGGGAGUAUGGAGUCACAUUAAGAGCUCGGAACACAGACCGUCACCUCGGAACGGACACACGCUAUCUGCAGUGGGAAACAAACUGAUUUUAUUCGGAGGCCGAGGAGCCGAUAACAACAAACUAUCCGACGUCCACAUUUACAACAUCAUCACAAAGAAAUGGAGCGGUCCUAUUGACACAUCGAGCCCUUGGCCUCAGCCCCGGUUUUUCCACACUGCGUCUCCGAUACACAGCAACGAUCAUGGCUCUGUCAUUGUGGUAUUAGGAGGGAUAGGUGGAGACAGCAAGCCAUGCACCGAUGAAGCGUAUCUCUUUGAUGUCGAAUCAUUGAGGUGGUAUCAGAUUAGACACCACGGAAUGGCCUUGGAUCGAUACCAUCAUACGACUUGCUGUCACGUGAGUCAAGUCGAUGGAGAACGGGUGGUUUAUGUGACAGUCUUUGGGGGAUCAUUCAGUCCUAAGCAAACUGCACAGCCGGUGUCUGCGUUUAGUUCUUUCAUCCUUGGGCCGGAGAACCAAGCUUACAUGGCGUGCGAAGUGAAGCGGCUGCAAGACCAGGUUGCUCGUCUGAGAAGGCGGUCACUUAUGAAGGAGAUGGAUGAGGUGAUCAGUAGACCGGAGGAGAAUAUCACUCAUCAUUUGUUGGAGAGAACCAGGCAGCUAGAAUGUUCUAAACGAUUGGCAGAGCAAAAGAGCAUUGCAGUGACUGCAGAACUACGAGAACUAACCGCCCAGUUUCAGCUGCAGACAGAAGAAAACCAAAGUCUAAAGGAAGAACUCGUAUGCAUGCAGCAAGAGCAGCAGACCAUUCAAGAGCAAGCACAAGUUGAGAUACAGAAAGCAAGAGAACAGGCCAGGAUAGCAGCCGAGCGGGCAAAGCGAGAAGUUCAGCGGACGAGGCAAGACAAUGGCCGUCUUCACCACAUUGUUGACAAAGCCGAGGCGGCAUGUCAUGAAAUGGAGCAGCGAUUAAGCGUCUACAUGGGUGUGACAACCAUCAAACCCGAAGAACUACAAAUAGAGCAAAGAAUAUUGGGAAGAGGAACGUUCGGUGUCGUACAGAUGGGUCGUCUGCGUGGUGCCUGGGUGGCUGUCAAGUCGUUCCACAACACGGUACUGACGCCUGAAUUUGACGAAGUGUGCCAACGAGAACUAACCAUUUGUAGCCGACUGCAUCACCCUCAUAUUGUCCAAGUGUGUGGCACCGUUGUCGUCAAUGGCACUCCCGUACGCAUCAUCAGCGAACUCAUGCAAGGCUCAGUCCAAGACCUCAUCAAAGCGACGGCCACUACGAGACACUAUCUUUCCUUUCGAGAACAGAUUGACCUUUUGACAGGUACGACAGCCGGUCUUGACUACUUGCAUCAGCUCUACCCCAACCCGUAUGUUCAUGGAAAUAUUCACUCGGCUAACGUGUUGGUGACACGUGAUAUGGUCGCUAAAGUUGGCGACAUGGGAGCAAGUUAUAUGACAAACAGGACAAUAUCAAUGGGAUUAAUCAGUCAUGACUAUGUGGCACCCGAGCGAAUACCAAAGCGCGACGGCUCUGUAGCCAGACUGACUUGUCAAUCGGAUGUCUAUAGCUUGGGUGUGUUUCUACUCGAGCUGUUCACCGGGCAACACCCGAAUCGAGUCGAGAUGACGAAACGGUUGAAGGAAAUCGAGUGCAACGAGCUACAGGGUCUCUGCACUCGAAUGACAUUCGAGGAUCCCUCGAAACGGCCGUUCAUGGCAGAGUGUUUAGGUCUCGUAGUCAAACAGGCAGACACGAGAGACUACAAGAUGUUGCCCGGACGACGGCUCGUACGAGGUCACAUAGAUGGUGUGGAUGUAUGUAUCAGUGAUGGUAUCUACGUGUGACUCACCUUGAGGUGUGGCUGGUGCUCUGACUCAGGAAUACGUGCUCAAGCAGCGAGAGUGAAAUAUGAGUCAACGAUUGCUCUGUUGUACAUUAUUGUAUGUACACUGUACAUCAGAUCUGCAAGACAGACAGAAUGUAUUAUUAUUGAUUUUCUAGAUGAUAUGAAUGCUUGUACACACCUCGGCCGUUUGUAACUCUGAUGAGUUAGUUACCUUGUGUGGUGGUAAUGUGACUGUAAUUUCCUUCUCAAA